AUGCCUACGGGCCGGCCGGACGACCCUGUGAACGUAGGAGACGAGGAGGAGGACGUCUUAGUUGAGUUAGAGGCCGAGUCGGAGCACGGCAACACGGGUGGAGAAGAUGCCACGAAAGUCCCUAGUGGCCGCCGCACGCGUCAUAGGGGCGGCCCGCACCCGAAACGCCAAAGGACGUCUGGCGCAGAACAACAACAAACCACUGGCCCGACUACUAGGGCGCACCGUGCACGGGUCACGGAAGAACCGUAUUCAUUCCAACCACCGCCUCCACCACAGAAAUCGCUACCACAGGCACAGGAUCUUGUAGCCGACAUGGCACGGAGCAUGAAGCAGCUCCCGGGCAUUACCCCAGCGUGCCGAGCUAAGAAAGAACCAUCGGUCAAGAGUGGCAACUGGCCCACGAAGCUGGUUUCGAACUGGCAUGGGUUCGGCACUACGCUGAACGUUGCUGACGCACUCCACAUGCAGGACAAUGCACCAAUCACGGACACCGCGUUGGACUUCCACAACAUGUGCCGUGCCUACCAGUGGAGACGUGUCACAGAUGAGCGGUGUCGUCCGGGAGACGAGCUCCGAAGUGCAGACCCUGAAGAAGGAGUCGCUGCUCUGCGCGCAGAUUAUGCCGAGCUGCAGUCGAAGUUCACUAGCGUGAGCCAGCAGUUGUUUGAGCGCGUGGGGGCAAUGGAGAAGGCUCGGGACACAGCGAACAAAGAGGGUGUGUUGGGUGCGCCUGCUCACGGUGACGUGGCCUCUCCAUCCAAGCGGGUGGACUCCAGUCCCGACCCGGGUCUCAGAGACACCGCGGCCUCCCCCCUUGCAGGAUUCCGGCAGGCCUCGCGGAUUGGGCCCAACGAAGAGGCAGCACCGCCGCAGCAGCACCACCGUGAACCACACUACGCACCUUCAUCGCCGUCACCCGCCCCCGCUACUGCACAGCCUCAUCAGCCCAGCGUGCCACCGGGCCAGGACGCGGUAUACUAUCAGCCGGGCACAUCCCGCCCUGCCCCGCCGCAGCGACCGGUCGCUCCAAUCCCACCAGCGCCUCGCCCGUCUGCUCCCAUAUACCCAGGCUUCGCUGCCGGGCCACCUUAUGCUCCCCCGCCCGGUAUGCCGUUUUACUGGCAAGGAGGUCCCCUGCAGCCCGCACCCCCCCCGCAGCAGUCGUUCGCACCGCCCGCCAUCCCGAGCAUGAGUGGCGCGGGUGAAGGCGGCGGGGAAUGGAUGCGCGACGCCGGUGGCGAGGCAGGUGUAGCUGGAGCUGCAACCGAGGCCUUCAACGGUGGACGUCCAAAGUCCAAGUACGCGGGUGUUACCGGGGGGGGAGAUGUUUGGUUUGCCAAGCUGUUGAUGCCGGCCCCUCAAAACCCCAUACGCAUGGGGCCUUUCCCGAGCGAGGAGGAGGCAGCCAAGGGAUACAAGGCUGCCGCAGUGGUGGUACGGCCGCAGGGUUAUCGCAUCCAGCGCAGUAUUGAACUGACCAUGUCGGAGCAGCAGCUGCUGACCGGGUGCACCAGGCAGCACGUGGCCAGCCUAGCCGAGCGUGGCCUCUGGCAGAGGUGGCGCAAAUGGCGGCAGCUCAUGCCGGAGCUUCCGCCGGCUCCGCUGCUACAUGUUCCUCACGCCCCCACCAUGCUGCCUCCGCGCACGCAAGCACAGCCGAGCAGCAGCCAGGCAACACAACCUCCGGGCAUGGGCCACUCUCGAACACAAUGUGGUCAGCAGCAAUAUAUGGAUGAGCAACAGCACUACAAGUGA